AUGGCGAGAGAGCAAUUGGUAGUGCUGAACGCGCUCGACCUCGCCAAAACCCAAUGGUACCAUUUCACCGCAAUCGUAAUAGCCGGGAUGGGCUUCUUCACCGACGCAUACGAUCUGUUUUCGAUCUCCCUCGUCACCAAGCUCUUGGGUCGGAUCUAUUAUCACCACGAGGGGGCAGUUAAACCGGGCACUCUGCCUCCCAACGUCGCCGCCGCCGUCAACGGCGUCGCCUUCUGCGGGACGCUCGCCGGGCAGCUCUUCUUCGGCUGGCUCGGUGACAAAAUGGGGAGGAAGAAAGUGUACGGUAUGACUCUGAUGCUCAUGGUGCUCUGUUCUCUGGCUUCAGGGCUUUCGUUUGGGCACGAUGCGAAUGGAGUCAUGACGACGCUCUGUUUCUUCCGGUUCUGGCUCGGGUUCGGAAUCGGCGGCGAUUACCCUCUCUCGGCGACGAUUAUGUCCGAGUACGCCAACAAGAAGACCCGCGGUGCCUUCAUCGCCGCCGUGUUCGCGAUGCAGGGGUUCGGCAUCCUCGCCGGCGGGAUCGUGUCCCUGAUCACCUCCGCCGCGUUCGACCACGCGUUCCCGGCGCCGACGUACGAGCAGAACGCCGCCGCCUCCACCGUCCCGCAGGCCGACUACGUCUGGCGGAUAAUCCUCAUGUUCGGCGCCAUCCCCGCCGCCAUGACCUACUACUCCCGGAUGAAGAUGCCGGAAACCGCCCGGUACACGGCGCUCGUCGCCAAGAACGCCAAACAGGCCGCCAGCGACAUGGCGAAAGUCCUGCAGGUCGAAAUCGAAGCGGAGGAGGAGAAAAUCGAAGAGAUCUCGGAAACCCAAUUCGGGCUUUUCACCAAGCAAUUCGCCCGCCGCCACGGCCUCCACCUCGUCGGCACCGCCGUAUGCUGGUUCCUCCUCGACAUCGCCUACUACAGCUCGAACCUCUUCCAGAAGGACAUCUUCAGCGCCAUCGGGUGGAUCCCGCCGGCGAAGACGAUGAACGCCGUCCACGAGGUAUACGUCGUGUCUCGAGCCCAAACCCUAAUCGCACUUUGCGGCACCGUCCCCGGGUACUGGUUCACCGUCGCUUUAAUCGACCACAUCGGCCGAUUCGCCAUCCAAUUGAUGGGAUUCUUCUUCAUGACCGUGUUCAUGUUCGCCCUCGCAAUUCCGUACCACCACUGGACAUUGAAGGCGAAUCGGAUUGGGUUCCUGGUGAUGUACUCGCUCACUUUCUUCUUCGCGAACUUCGGGCCCAAUGCGACGACGUUUGUGGUCCCGGCGGAGAUUUUCCCGGCGCGGCUGAGGUCGACCUGUCACGGGAUCUCGGCGGCGGCGGGGAAGGCAGGGGCGAUGGUGGGGGCGUUCGGGUUCUUGUACGCGGCGCAGUCGACGGAUCCGGCGAAGACGGAUGCGGGUUACCCGCCGGGGAUCGGAGUGAAGAACUCGCUGAUUGUGUUGGGUUGUAUUAAUUUCUUCGGGAUGUUGUUUACGCUGCUGGUGCCGGAGUCGAAGGGGAAGUCGCUGGAGGAGCUUUCCGGCGAGAACGAAGAGGACAGCAGCAGUGGGAACGAGGCUUCCGCCAAUAGGACUGUGCCGAUCUAA